UCACCGCUAUUUUACUUUGAAUCGAUGUCCCCGUGCGAUUCGUUUCUGAAUUCUGAUGAAGCGCCCGACACUGUGAAGUGCUCCGUGUAUAAUCUAGCUCGCCCGACCGAAGUGACCUUUUCGAAGGAGCAAUCAGAUGCCGCCUCCUCAAACCGCGACCCCCCUGGCCAUCCUCUCCCGCUUCCUCUCGUCGCCCUCGCCCCCGCCGCAGCCCGAGCUCCUCCGCGUCCACGCGCUCGCCGUCACCUCGGGCCUCUCCGCGCGCCCCGACCUCGCCGCCAAGCUCGUCUCCGCCUACUCCUCCGCGGGGCGCCCCGGGCUCGCCGCGCUCGUCUUCUCGGCCUCCCCACGCCCCGACGCGUUCCUCUGGAACUCCCUCAUCCGCGCCCACCACUGCGCCUCCGACUUCGCGGCCGCGCUCGCCGCGCACCGCCGCAUGCUCGCUUCGGGCGCGCGGCCCUCCCGCUUCACCGCCCCGCUCGCCGCCUCAGCCGCGGCCGAGCUGGGCGCGCUCGGCGUCGGCGCCUCCGUGCACGCGUACUGCGUCAGGUGCGGCCUCCUCGUCGGCGAUGGCGGCUCCGUCGCCGUCGCGUCGUCGCUGGUGUACAUGUACGCCAGGUGCGGCGUCGUCGGGGACGCGGUGAAGGUGUUCGAGGAAAUGCCUGACAGGGACGUGGUCGCGUGGACUGCGGUGGUAUCUGGGUGCGUGCGGAAUUGGCAGUGUGCGGACGGGUUGCGCUAUCUGGUGGAGAUGAUCAGGCUUGCAGGCAACGGAGAGACGAGGCCAAACUCACGGACGAUGGAGAGUGGCUUGGAGGCGUGCGGGUUGCUAGGUGAGCUGAAUUCAGGUAGAUGCUUGCAUGGGUAUGUAUUGAAGAUCGGGGUUGGUGAUUCCCCGUUGGUGGCUUCUGCACUUUUCUCAAUGUACUCGAAGUGUCACAACACUGAGGGUGCGUCUGUCUUGUUCCCGGAGUUACCAGAGAAAGACGUGGUUUCCUGGACUAGCUUGAUUGGAGCUUACUGUUGGAGAGGGCUUAUUAGGGAGGCCAUGGAGUUAUUUCAGGAGAUGGAGGAGUCUGAUCUGCAGCCAGAUGAGGUUCUCGUUAGUUGUCUUCUUGCAGGGUUGGGUAAAAGUGGAAAUGUGCUUGGAGGGAAGGCAUUUCAUGCGCUUAUAACAAAGAGAAACUUUGAAGAUAGUGUUUUGACAGGCAAUGCUUUGAUAUCAAUGUAUGGAAAAUUUGAAUUGGUGGACGUUGCAGGCAGAGUUUUUAGAUCGUUGCAUCAACAAAAUGCGGAAUCAUGGAAUUUGAUGAUUGUAGGAUACUGGAAAGCUGGAUGUGAUGUCAAAUGCUUGGAGCUGUACCGUGAACUGCAGUUCAGAGAUAAGGAUGAAUUCCUGUGUGAUGCCAAUAGCUUGGUUUCCGCAAUCUCGUCUUGCUCACGGCUAGAGGAACUAAGACUAGGUCAAUCUUCACACUGUUAUUCAGUCAAGCACUUGCUUGACGAUAAUUUGUCAGUUGCAAAUGUUUUAAUUGGCAUGUAUGGAAGGUGCAGAAAAUUUGAUCAUGCCUGCAAAAUAUUUGCCCUGACCAAACUGAAGGGGGAUGUUGUCACGUGGAAUGCACUGAUUUCCAGCUAUGCUUAUCUGGGGCAUUUAAAUUCUGCAUUGUCACUGUAUGAUCAAAUGCUCACUGAAGGUUUGAAACCCAACUCAGCAACCUUGAUCACUGUCAUUUCAGCUUGUGCAAACCUGGCUACAUUGGAACGCGCGGAGCAGAUACAUUCUUAUGUGAAAGAUAUGGGGUGGGAAUCUGAUGUAUCAAUCAGUACGGCACUUGUUGACAUGUAUGCUAAAUGUGGGCAACUUGGAAUUGCAAGAAGGAUUUUUGAUUCUAUGCUUCAACGCGAUGUUGUUGCUUGGAAUGUGAUGAUAUCAGGGUGUGGGAUGCAUGGGGAAGCAAAACAAGCAUUAGAAUUAUUUGAUGAGAUGGAGAGUGGAAGUGUUAAGCCUAAUGGUGUCACCUUUCUUGCCAUUCUAUCUGCUUGCUGCCAUUCAGGGUUUGUUGAGGAGGGCAGGAAGCUGUUCACUAGAAUGGCAAAAUACUCACUUGAGCCUAACCUGAAGCAUUAUGCUUGUAUGGUGGAUCUCUUAGGGAAAUGUGGACAUCUCCAAGAAGCCGAAGAUAUGGUUUUGGCCAUGCCAGUAGAACCUGAUGGUGGGGUAUGGGGAACUUUGCUUACUGCCUGCAAAGUGCAUGACAACUUUGAGAUGGGGUUAAGGAUUGCAAAAAAGGCAUUUGCUUCUGACCCAGAAAAUGAUGGAUAUUACAUUUUAAUGUCUAAUUCUUAUGGCAGUGUUCAAAAAUGGGAUGAGAUAGAGAAACUAAGAGAGAUGAUGAAGAAUCAUGGAGUGGAAAAAGGUGUAGGUUGGAGUGCAGUUGAUAAUCGUGGGUGACUUCAAUUGUAGAUAUGUUCUUUCAUCACUCAUAAUUACUUUUUCUAACUUUUUUUCGCAAAAGGAUAGUGGCCUUACAGACAGAGGUCCAAAAAUUUGCCAAUCGAUGAAAGCAUCGGCUCGUUGACGUUAGUUUAGGUAGAAAAUGUGGAAGAUUUGGGCGUGUGGAUGAUUUGAAUGGUAAGUUAUUGCCAUAAAAAUAUUGACUGUGCUUCUUUUGGAGAAUACAGAAAUGGAUCCAAUGUGCCAUCUCUAUCAUAGAAGUGGGAAGUGGGAACUGUUCCGAUAAAGGUGUAUACAUAAAUAGGUCUGUGCACCAGGCUGGCUGUAGCAUGGUAGAUACAUAUUGUUGGCAGUAGAUUUCUGUAUGAUGAGACUGAAGCAGCACCACUGGUAGAUAUUAUUUGACCAUGGUCAUGGUGUCAGUGUCACUAUUGCAUUUUUCUAUAAAAAGUACUGAGCUAGUAUUAUGUCACUGCAAUUUUGCCAUGACCAUGGUGUCAGUGUCACUAUUGCAGUUUUCUGAAAGAAGUAAUGAUCUUGUAUUAUGCUGCUGCAAUUGUUGGUUGUGAAAGAAUUGACACAUCUGAAAAUGUGUACCCGGCUGCUGUUAACAAGUUAACUCAUUCUGUUAGUUGAUCUGUUUUUUAUUUAGCUUUCUUUUCUGUUUUUAGUAUGCUUUUUUCACUAUGUACUAUGGGGUUGUGGUGGUGGAGUGAAAAGUGAAAACUUCUCUAGGUUAGCUGCAACCCUGUUACUUUUCUCGUGCGACGCAUUGUUCAUUAUGGGUGCAUCCAGUUUUUUAUUUACUUUUCUCCUUGUGAUGCAUUGUCUGGCGUGGCUACCAUUUCUUUCAACUGCUAAUUAAACAUUGUCUUUGCAUGGCCAGGUAAAUGAUUACUUGCAUGGUCCUCGCGAGUCGUGACAAAGCACGAAGGAGCUCAUGCCUUGGCUGGAUGCGCGUGUGGCCACGCCUUCUAGCGAUCAUGACGAUCAACUUACAUGAUUACAUCGUGCUUGAUUGGUUGGUCUCCGGUUCCUGCAGGAGGACAGAAACUUCCUAACUUCCUGCAUAGAAGGGCAUGGUACGAAUCAGAAUAAUGAGGUAGGGUCGGAAAAUGGUACCCAGUGUGGCGUCACGUGCCUUUGGUGCCACGUUGAAGCAGAGCUAAGCCGUGGUAGUGCUGACUGGAGCAAAAAGCUGGCAGCAGCAUAUGCAGUUGCUACAUGGCAUGACCUUUUUGUGUCACGUUGCUCAUAAAAUUCCUAGGGCCCAUGAAUUCGGAGCACCAAUUGGUCUGUAAAUGAUGCUUAGAAAGCCGGUGCCACGCAGGGAGAUGUAAACCGAAAACCUCUGACCAACUUGUCACUUCUUUUGUAGUUUUGGUGCCUGUUGACGACAUAUGGCUGAGCACGGCUGCGCUAGUCGUGCGGGCCUGAAAGAAUAAAUGAAACCUGAUGCCUCAUAA